AUGUACAAAAGAUUUCCCAAGGACGCCGGACCGUCUACCCCUCGACUGGGAUCGCACCUUCGCGGUGCCCCCCCGAACCGACCACGGAUCGAUGCACCGGUUCCUUUUGUCCUCCCCCGAGGAAAUCACCGACAUCACUCACGAACGGGAAGCGAUCCUUUCGUCACGCCCGCGCCCGUCAUGACUCCUGCCACCAAGCGGACCGCCGAUCUACUGGAACGGCUCAACCAACGCUCCGCCAAGGCAGCCCGAACCAACGAGUCGCCAGCAGCCAUCGGGCUCAAGGUGUCGCCCUCCAUUCCGACCUACGCCUUCAUCUCUACGAUCACACUUGAAGGAGGAAAGGAACGGUGCUACGCCCUGGUGGCCGGGUACGAGUACAUGGUCUUCCCCUCGCAGCAAUGCGCCCUCGAUUUCGCCGACUUCCACGGAGCCGUGCAAGAGGAAACCCACCAGGACGCUACCUUGGAGCAGACGGCGUUGUUCGCCGGCAUCUCUGCCGGAUUCGUCGUGAAGAUGGACGGCCCCGUCGUCCUCCCCGACACCACCUCCGACACCUUCAACAAACUCGCCGAGGAAGUGAAGACGAUCGAGGCAUUCAGCGACUCGAGUGUGUGCUCCAAGCGCAUGGCCGACGCGAUUCAGCUCCACACCUCGACGCAGUGGAGCAUCCGGGACUGCCCCGCGCCCGAGAUCCAACGCGAAACCGUCAACGUCGCCGAGUACGGGGAGAGCAUCCCCGUCGCCAUCCUGCACACCCUCGACGGAAAGCCAGGGCCAAUCGGCACCCAUGGGAACGCCAAUGCAGCCCGCCCCACGACCUACGGACUGAUCCAAGCCAACGCUGAGAAACUACCUUGGGCGACCUGGGCCCAAAACCACCGCGGUGACGAUGAGUAG